GAUAUAUACCCGUGUCAUUUCACCUCUACGACUAUGUGCUAAAUUUGAAGAAAAACGUUUGGAUGGCAUGGAAAUGGUUGGUACCGGCGUAUUUUCACGACAGGCAGAAGAACUUCUCGGACAUUUUAGUACAGACAAUCGAUACUCUGCGCACCACGUGGUUUAUUGAUCUCAUGAACAAUCAACAGAGACCGGUACUGUUGGUCGGGGAAACUGGCACGUCGAAGACGGCCAUUAUUCAUGAAUUUCUAAGGAACUUGAACCCCGAAAGAUUCGAGCAGCUUUUAAUUAAUUUUUCCUCGAGAACCACUUCGAUGGAUGUGCAGAGAAAUAUUGAAUCAGUAGUGGAUAAAAGAUCAAGAGAAGUAUAUGGGGCACCACCCGGAAAGAAAUUAAUAGUUUUUAUCGACGACAUGAAUAUGCCAGUUGUCGAUAUUUACGGAACGCAGCAGCCCAUCGCAUUCCUUAAACUAUUGUUUGAGAGAGGCGGCUUUUACGAUCGCGGACGUGAUUUGAAUUGGAAGUACUUGAAAGAUAUCUGUUAUUUAGCAGCCAUGGGAGAACCGGGUAGCGGCAGGAAUGAAGUCGAUCCGCGAUUUAUCUCGAUGUUCUCGAUUUACAACGUGACUUUCCCAACGACCAAGACCCUCCAUCACAUUUACACGAGUAUCCUGUCCGGACAUCUACAAACAUUUUCGGAGGCAGUUCAGUCCAUUGCUAACGGACUCGUACAAUUGAUUAUACAUAUCAACAGCAUAAUACUAUUCAGUCAGUUAAGAAGCGGUUUACUGCCGACACCGUCCAAAUUCCACUACAUCUUUAACAUGCGAGAUCUCUCGAGAAUCACGGCCGGAUUGCUCCAGAGUUAUCCUGACUUCUAUCCAAGCGCGAAGCAGUUUGUCAGGCUCUGGAGAAACGAAAUCACCCGAGUUAUAUGCGAUCGUCUCAUUAGCGUGCAGGACGAGAACUUGGUAAUUGAGCAACUGAAUGAAAAAAUACGGAAUUAUUGGGACCUAGAACCCGAAGUGGUUAAGUACAGUUUAAGAGACCCGAUACUCUACGGCGAUUUCAGGAAUGCCUGCAACGAGGAUGAACCUAGGUUUUAUGAGGAUCUGUUGGAUUACGAGGCGGUUUACAGCUUGUUUCUAGAGAUUUUCGAAGAAUACAACGAGAGGAACAAGACUAAACUGCACAUGGUUCUCUUUAAUGAUGCAUUAGAGCAUCUGACCAGAGUGCACCGUGUACUUCGAAUGCAUCGCGGUCACGUGCUGGUUAUCGGAACGGGCGGUAGCGGCAAGAAAUCUGUAAUAAGAUUGGCGUCAUUCGCUGCCGGUUACCAGCUAUUUCAGAUCGUCCUGAGUCGCGGAUACAACGAAGCGUUCUUCCGCGAGGACAUGAAAAAUCUGUACAACAUGGUCGGGUUAGAGAACAAGAAGGUCGUGUUCAUGUUCACAUCUGGCCACAUCAAGGACGAGAGCUUUCUUGAGUUGGUGAACAACAUGUUAACGGCGGGCUUCGUGCCAGGUCUUUUCAAUGACGAAGAGAAAGAUACGAUCGUUACUUCCUGCAGAGGGGCAGCGGUUAAAGCAGGCUUUGAUAUUUCAAAGAAAAGCGUCUGGUCGUACUUUGCCAAGACGUGCACCGCAAACUUACGGAUAGCGCUGGCGAUGAGUCCAUCGGGCGAUGCCCUGCGGACGCGAUGUCGCAAUUAUCCUGGCUUGAUCGACAAUACCACUAUAGACUGGAUGUUUCCGUGGCCGCAGCAGGCCCUGGUGGCGGUGGCAAACGUUUUUAUCAGAGAUAGUCCAAUUGUGCCGCAGGAGUACAAUAAGGUAAUCGUGAGUCACAUCGUGCACGUGCAUACAUCCGUAUUACAAUAUACAGUGGACUUCGCGACGAAACUGAGGCGACGAAAUUAUGUCACGCCAAGGCAUUUCUUGGACUUCAUCAACACUUAUCUAAAGCUGAUGGUGGAGAAAAAGAACUUCAUAAAUUCACGUCGCGCGCGCCUUUCCGGAGGACUGCAGAAGAUCAUGGAAGCUUCGGUGUCGCUGACGGAACUAAAUAAAGUCUUGGAUGUGCAAAGAAUCAAAGUGAAUGAUCAAACACGAAGUUGCGAACAGUUGCUCGCGUCCAUCGGCGAGAGUACAGACGUCGCGAUGGAGAAGAAGCAACUGAGCGAAGAGAAAAGGAAGGAAAUUGAGGACAAGAAGAAAAUGAUAGCCAAAGAGGAAACUGAAGCCAGGCAGGCUCUGGCGGAGGCCCAACCGGCUCUUGAUGCGGCUAAACUUGCACUGAGCGAACUCGAUAAAGCUGAUAUCACCGAGAUAAGAUCUUUCGCCACUCCGCCCGAACCGGUGCAGAUUGUUUCGGAAUGCGUUGCGAUACUUCGGAACGUCAGAGACGUGUCGUGGAAAGGAGCGAAAGGCAUGAUGAGCGAUCCUUAUUUUUUGAGACACUUGCAGGAAAUGGAUUGCGAUCAGAUUACUCUGCGGCAACAGCAAGCAGUUCGGACGCAUUUGAAGAAAACUGAUAAGCUAGAUCAGAUGCAGUUCAUUAGUAAAGCGGGAUACGGCUUAUACAAAUUUGUGCUUGCUGUUCUGGAUUACUGCGCCGUUUAUAGAGAGGUAUUCACGGAGUUUUGUGAAGCCAAAAUCGACAGAGUUCAGGAGCUCGAAGCGGAAUCCGAAAAAGCCAGGCGCGCGUUGGAAAAGGAAGAGAGGGAAUUAAAACGAUUGGAGAAAAUGAUCCAGGAAUUAAACGCGAAGUACGAUGUCGCGAUGAACGAGCGACAGAAUCUUCAGGACGAAACAGACUUGCUGCAACGACGUCUUAUAGCUGCCGACAAGCUUAUCUCCGGAUUAUCUUCCGAGAAUGAACGAUGGCGGAAGGAUCUGCAGGUUCUUCAAGAUGAUAUGCAGAAGAUUACGGGAAAUUGUUUGCUCGGAGCGUCGUUUUUGACCUACAGCGGGCCGUUCUCCUACGAAUUCAGGAAUGAAAUGUACAGCGACUGGCGGAGGAGCAUUUUAGAGAAGAAAUUACCCUUAUCGAUCCCCUUCAAACUCGAAACGCAACUAAGCGACGACGUUGAAAUUAGCAGAUGGAAUUCAGAAGGUCUCCCACCGGACGAGCUAUCCGUGCAAAACGGUAUACUUGCCCUGAAAGCAUCCAGAUUUCCAUUUUGCAUUGAUCCGCAGCAGCAAGCGUUAAAUUGGAUUAAGAAGAGGGAACAGAAACAGAACUUGAAGAUUCUCUCCUUUACAGACGCGGAUUUUUUUAAGCAAGUCGAAUUGGCUAUUAAUUAUGGUCUGCCUGUGCUUGUUGAAGAUGCCGACGAGGUUGAUCCCAUCUUGGACAACGUCUUAUCGCGAAAUAUUCAGACCGCUGCGGGGCGAACUUUCGUCAUUCUUGGUGAUAAAGAGGUAGAUUAUGAUCCACGAUUCCGAAUAUAUUUAACAACGAAAAUGACCAAUCCGAUGUUGGAUCCUGCCUUGUAUGCCAAAGCAGUUGUUAUCAAUUACAUGGUCACCACAGCAGGUUUGGAGAACCAACUUCUGUCGGUAGUGGUGAGAACCGAAAGACCGGACAUCGAGGAGCAGCGCGAGACGCUGAUCCUGGAGACCAGCGAGAACAAGAAUCUGCUGCAGCAACUGGAAGACAGUCUUCUGCGCGAAAUUGCCAUGGACCAGCGCAACAUGGUGGACAACAUCGAGCUGAUUGAGACCCUGGAAAACAUCAAGUCCAGCGCCAGGGAAGUGAUGAACAAACUGUCGCUCGCGGAAGUCACUGCGGCCGACAUAAACAAGCUUCGCGAAAACUAUCGUCCGGUGGCGAAGCGGGGCGCAAUUCUGUUCUCCGUGCUGGUCGACAUGGCCACCAUAAGCGCCAUGUAUCAGUACUCUCUGAUCAGCUACGUCGAAGUGUUUGUUCACUCGCUAAAGCGAUCGUUACCCGAUCCGGUGAUCGCUAAACGACUGAGCAGUAUUAUUCCAAUGUUGACGAAGAAUGUUUACAAUUACGGCUGCACUGGCAUCUUCGCGCGGCACAAGCUUCUCUUCUCCUUGCAAACUUGCGUAAAAAUAGAGCAGAGUUUGGGCAACGUGAAUCAAAAGCAAUUGGAUUUCUUCAUCAAGGGCAGCGUGGCCUUGGAGAAAUCGCUCGAACCUACUCGUUGGUUGUCGGCGUCGGGCUGGGAAGACGUCCUCAAGCUGGCGAGCGAUUUCCCGGAGAAGUUUGAACAACUUCCGGAAGAGCUACGGGAUUACGAAGACGAGUGGAAGAAGUGGUGCGACUCCGACACACCGGAGUCGGAUGAUCUUCCGUGCGACUAUAGCACGCGGUUGACACCAUUCGAGAAGCUGAUGCUGUUACGUUGCUUCCGCGUAGAUCGCGUCUAUCGUGGCAUAAUUAGUUACAUCACCGAGAUCAUGGGCGAGCAAUACAUCACGCCGCCUCGUGUGAGCUUCGACAUGAUUUUCGAGGAAAGUAUGCCGACCAUGCCUGUGGUCUUUAUUUUAAGCCCGGGUUCAGAUCCCACGUCGGAGCUGAUGAAGUUGGCCGAUCGAUAUGGCUGCGGCGGAGGAAGAUUCAGAUAUCUCUCCCUCGGUCAAAGCCAAGAUAAGAUCGCGAUGGAAUUACUGGAGACAGCGAUAACGAGAGGUCAGUGGCUGAUGCUGCAGAAUUGCCACUUGCUGUUACCCUUCACGAAGAAGCUAGAGAAGAUCGUGGAGAACAUAGAGAAGCCUCAUCCCGACUUCCGCUUAUGGCUCACCACCGAAUCAACCCCCAAUUUUCCAAUCGGAAUACUCCAGCAAUCUCUAAAAGUGGUGAUGGAACCGCCGAGUGGAUUGAAGCCAAAUUUGCAAAACACGUACUUCAACAUGCGACCGCAGCUCUUAGAAAGUUGCCCUCAUCCACUUUACAAGCACUUAAUUUAUGUUCUCGCGUUUUAUCAUGCAGUUAUUCAGGAGAGAAGAAAGUACGAUAAGAUCGGAUGGAACAUAAAGUACGAUUUCAAUGAGUCGGAUUUCAAUGUGUGUGUUAGCAUCCUAGACACUUAUUUGACGAAGGCACUGGCAACAAAGGGCUUUCAAGUACCGUGGAACAGCCUUAAGUAUUUAAUUGGCGAAGUGAUGUAUGGCGGAAGAGUGAUAGACAGCUACGAUCGUCGCGUUUCGUACACAUAUAUGGACGAGUAUUUCGGUGAUUUUCUCUUUGACGAGUUUCAACCGUUUCACUUUUACAAGGACGACAUCGUCGACUACGUGAUACCGCCGGAAGGAAAUCGCGACGAUUACUUGCGAUUUAUCGAAGAGCUCCCGCUGGUAAAUGGCCCGGAGGUGUUCGGGUUGCAUCCAAACGCCGAAAUAGGAUACUUUACGCAGGCAGUUAAUAAAAUGUGGAGGCAUCUCAUAGAACUCCAGCCGCAAAUUGCCAUGGACAUCAGCGGCGUCAGCAAGGAUGAAUUUAUCGACAAUGUAGCGAAAGAGGUUUUGACCAAAAUACCCGCGCAAUAUGAUGUUAGUAAGGUCAAGAGAAAUUUCGGCGUGGCUGUAACACCGACCGCGAUCGUUCUAUUUCAGGAAUUAGAGCGAUUCAACAAAUUAAUAGAAACAAUUACAAAAACGUUGACCCAACUGAGAAAGGCUAUUGCUGGCGAAAUCGGAAUGGACGCGAUGCUGGAGAACGUUUCCGCAGCGCUUUAUAACGGUAUUCUGCCCAAAGAAUGGGCCAGACUGGCGCCAGAUACGCGAAAGAAUCUUGCCGGCUGGAUGGACCACUUUCAAAAGAGAAUAAAUCAAUACACAAACUGGUCAGGCGCGAAUGAACCCGUGGUGGUCUGGUUGUCCGGAUUGCAUGUUCCGGAGACUUAUCUGGCGGCUCUGGUACAAAUGACUUGCCGCAAGAAUAAUUGGCCCCUCGAUCGUUCCGCCAUUUACACGACGGUGUCCACGUUCUCUAAACCCGACGAUGUGGAAGAGAGACCCAAUCAUGGUUUUUACGUGCACGGAUUGUAUGUGGAAGGCGCUAGGUGGGAUAUGAAAGAGCGUUGUUUGAAAAGAUCGCAUCCGAAAGUUUUGAUUGAGGAACUGCCAAUAUUGACCGUCAUACCUACUGAAGUUCAUAGACUGAAGUUACAGAAUACGUUUAAAACUCCCGUAUAUAUUACUUCAAACCGGCGAAAUGUCCUCGGUGUUGGUUUAGUCUUCGAAGCAAAUUUAGCGACUCCGGAACACAUUUCGCAUUGGGUGCUUCAAGGUGUUUGUCUAUUGUUAAAUGCAGAUUAAAACUGUCUUUAAAACUAAUAAGAAAGUGAGAUAUUUAAAGUACGCUGUAUUUUUCAAUAUAUUUGAUGUAUUACUAUAUCUAUAUCUGUAUCUGUAUUAAUCAAUGAUUGUACUGUAAACAUAACUGGCUAUAAAACUAUUCUUAUAUAUUUUCAAAUAUUAUAAUUUUAAUAAAAUUAUGUUGUCGACGUGCAGCACUUUCUCGCGCUUGCACAUGCGAAUGCGCACUCCCGGAAAUCGUGGAAAUAGUCAAGAGCGCAGGAACAACAACGAAAUGUAAUAAUAACAAAAUCCGUUGCUAAAUCCUUAUAAAAAUGUUAACAUU